UCUCCUUUCCCGGUUCCCACCCCCAAAGUGCGCUCUGAGACUCCCCCUCACCUCCUGAUCACGCUACUGGCCGCGCCUCCCUUUUGUUUCUCUCUUUCUCCUAGCAGCAAGCUUAACCUCGGCUAGUGCUAGUGUAGCACUGUCCCUUCUCCUGCAGCUCGGUCGACGCAACGAGUUCAUGGAGACGGCGUCGAGCCCGGGCACCGUGGAGGCGGCGACGGCGGCGGUCCCCGGCCUGUCCAUCACCGUCGAGAAGAACCCGCCGGAGGCGCGCUUGCUUCAGCUCGGCAUCAAGUCGUGGCCCAAGUGGGGAUGUCCGCCGGGGAGGUUCCCGCUCAAGUUCGACGCGAGGCUGACGUGCUACCUCCUCAAGGGAAGGGUUAGGGCGUCCGUCAAGGGCUCCGGGAAAUGCGUGGAGUUCGGCGCCGGUGACCUCGUGGUCUUCCCCAAGGGCCUCAGCUGCACCUGGGACGUCGUCGUCGGCAUCGACAAGCACUACAACUUCGACACCGCCUAAUUAAGCUAGCUAAUUAACUCGGCACGAUCGACAUGCAUGCAUCAUGCUCGUCUUCUUAUUGCAGUCGAUCUCCGUCUUUAAUCGCUUCAGUUCACUAACUCGCAAGGCAUGCAUCUUGUAAGUGUUGUUCUUGGCAAGUCGAUAUUAUACCUUGAUGAUCUCAUGAUCUGUGUGUGGUAUCUAUGACCUUCUGUAAAAUAGAACGAUGCCAUGCCAUAGGAUGAUCCAAAUUGCUAGAUUAAUUAUGGGAGUAGCUAGGUUCAGGAGCGAUAUCAAUAUGCAUAUGCCAUCAUAUCUGUAAUAUCACGGUACUGCAAAUAUGGUUAAUUUUGGAUGCUUUA